AAUUUGAUCGGAAGCGGGCGAUGGGGACGACGACGCUCGCGCGGGCGACGGCCGAGGUCGCGGCCGACCUGCGGACGAAGGAGGAAGCGCUCCACGCGCUCGAAGAGCAACUGGUCCGACUGCAGCUGCGGGUCCUCCGGCUCAAGCCCCCGCUUGUGCAUCUUCAGUGCCAGCUCUCAAGUAGCAGUGCCACUCCAUGA